AGCAGCUGCCUCUUACGAGGCGGGGUCUUUAGAGUGGAACGCAGGGAUAGUUUCUGUCGCGAGUGGUUGGCUGCAUUGCUGUAGAUACUCCCGAGGCUUUCCCAAGCCAGGGGUGGGUGUGGAUGGUACCUUCCUGGAAGCAUGAAUAACCCUAUACCUUCCAAUUUGAAGUCGGAAGCAAAGAAGGCAGCUAAGAUUUUAAGAGAAUUUACAGAAAUCACUUCUAGAAAUGGCCCUGACAAGAUCAUACCUGCCCAUGUAAUUGCCAAAGCAAAAGGUCUUGCAGUCUUGUCUGUAAUCAAAGCUGGGUUUUUGGUAACAGCUCGAGGAGGCAGUGGGAUCGUUCUGGCUCGCCUCCCUAACGGAAUCUGGUCAGCUCCGUCUGCCAUCGGGAUAGCUGGCCUUGGUGGCGGAUUUGAAAUCGGAAUCGAGGUGUCAGACCUUGUGGUAAUACUGAACCAUGAGAGAGCUGUUGAAGCUUUUGCAAAAGGUGGCAAUCUUACUCUGGGAGGAAAUUUUACAGUAGCAAUUGGGCCUUUGGGGAGAAAUCUCGAAGGUGACGUUGCCUUGAGAAGCUCUGCCGCUGUCUAUACGUACUGCAAAUCUCGAGGGCUGUUCGCCGGGGUGUCUUUAGAAGGAAGCUGCUUAAUUGAAAGGAAGGAGACGAACGGCAAGUUCUACGGUCGGGACAUCCGUGCUAGUGCCAUUUUGUACGGUGACAUCCCUCCUCCUCCUCUGGCGCAGGACCUCUAUGACAUCCUCGAGUCUUUCACUCUGCAGUAUGAAACUCAGGAGGGGAGAAGCUGGACGGCAGUAACAAGGGAACCCAAGAAGGUUAACGAGCAACCGUCGAAGAGACAAUCACGCAAGACUCCGGCGCAAACCACACCGGAAGCUGUAAGAACACCGACUAGACUUUACCCUGAACUUCCCAGCUAUUCUGCCGCAGUGGGAAACUCAAAGGCCACCAGUCCUACAUUCGUUACAGCGCUAUAUCCGUUUGAAGGACAGCAGCCAGGUGACUUGACUUUCAACGCGGGCGAUAGGAUCAAGAUCACGACGAAAACAGAUUCACAGUUUGAUUGGUGGGAAGGAAGUUUGCAAGGCAGGACUGGCAUUUUCCCUGCUAAUUAUGUGACCAUGAAUUAAAGCACAUUCAGGCGGCCUUGCCCUUUUUGUCUUAACUACUUGCUCUUAAGUAUGCAACAAAAAAUUAUUAAUUACAAAUAUUUGGCUUGAUCCAGUUGCGUGUUGGCCAAAGCAGAGAAAUGCCAUAGGGAGCCCUGUUUACCUGUCCUUGCCCUUCCCCUCCCAGGUGUACAUGCAGAUAUUGCAGAGAAUGAGAGAAUUGCGUGUGCCAUCUCUGUUGCCCAUUGAUGCACCUUGGAAGGGCUAGGCUGUGGAUAAGGGAGGUGCACAUGGGCUUCUCAUUCCUUUCAGUGCUUCCCUGUCCUGCCUUACACUCUGGUUCCGUUGAGCCUUAUUCAGCUCCUCCUUGUGAGCGGGCGCGUGCCUUCUUUCUGCGGGAUCAAGCCCUAUAUUUUUUACAGAUUUUGUUUUUAAUUUAAUAUUUUCAGAAAAAUUGUGUUUUAAUAUUUUUUUUGUAACUUAUUUGUAAAUGGGUGAAAUCAUGGAGCCUAAUCGCAACGAGCUGCAUCAGGGAUGCUAGAUUGAAUGUUGUGUGCUUUGUAUUUAACACUUGUCAUUAAUAAUGUCGAAUAAAAUCUUUAAAUAAAAAUCUUGCCAAUUGGAA